CCUAAGAAACACAGCUCAUUGUUGGCAGCUGCCGGGCGGUCUUACAGAGCUGCGAGGGCAGCGGAGGGGAAAUAAAAGGGAACGGCUCCGAUUCUGCCCCAGCGGCUGCUGCAAGAGCUCUGUGCCGACAUCGCGACAGCGAGCGCCCUGCACACCGGGAAGGCCCCCUCUAUGUGCUGCUGAGCCGGUCCCGGACCCGACGAUCCCGCCCUCGGUCUUCGGAGCAGAAAUCGCAAAGACGGAAGGACUGGAAAUGGCAGACCAUAUGAUGGCCAUGAACCACGGGCGCUUCCCCGACGGCACCAACGGGCUGCACCACCACCCUGCCCAUCGCAUGGGCAUGGGGCAGUUCCCGAGCCCCCAUCACCACCAGCAGCAGCAGCCCCAACACGCCUUCAACGCCCUGAUGGGCGAGCACAUACACUACGGCGCGGGCAACAUGAAUGCCACGAGCGGCAUCAGGCACGCGAUGGGGCCGGGGACUGUGAACGGAGGGCACCCCCCGAGCGCGCUGGCCCCCGCGGCCCGGUUUAACAACUCCCAGUUCAUGGGCCCCCCGGUGGCCAGCCAGGGAGGCUCCCUGCCGGCCAGCAUGCAGCUGCAGAAGCUCAACAACCAGUAUUUCAACCAUCACCCCUACCCCCACAACCACUACAUGCCGGAUUUGCACCCUGCUGCAGGCCACCAGAUGAACGGGACAAACCAGCACUUCCGAGAUUGCAACCCCAAGCACAGCGGCGGCAGCAGCACCCCCGGCGGCUCCGGCGGCAGCAGCACCCCCGGCGGCUCCGGCGGCACCUCGGGUGGUGGCGCGGGCAGCGGCAAUAGCGGCGGCGGCAGCGGCGGCGGCAGCGGCAGCAACAUGCCCGCCUCCGUGGCCCACGUCCCUGCUGCAAUGCUGCCGCCCAAUGUCAUAGACACUGAUUUCAUCGACGAGGAAGUGCUUAUGUCCUUAGUGAUAGAAAUGGGUUUGGACCGCAUCAAGGAGCUGCCCGAACUCUGGCUGGGGCAAAACGAGUUUGAUUUUAUGACGGACUUCGUGUGCAAACAGCAGCCCAGCAGAGUAAGCUGUUGACUUGAUCGAAACCCCGGCGAAAAGAAAUCAAACCCCCAACUUCGGUGUGAAUUAAAGAAAAAACAAAAAAACAAAACAAAACAAAAAAAAA